AUGGCGUAUGUCUGUACCUUUAGUUUGUGCAUGCUACUGUUCACGUUUGUGAUGAUAAAUUGCAUAUAUUUGUCUAAUCUGAACGCUACCUGUUUCCGUUGCAUUUGUGAAGCUUCCACAGGUUGCGGUGCCGUAGCAACAUGCCAACAAUCGUACUGUGGCCUGUUCUCGAUAUCGCACGCUUAUUGGAUGGACGCAGGUCGUACGGUUUUGGCAAACGACGAACCGACCCGUUGGGGUGCAUAUGAAGACUGCGCAAACGAUUACGAAUGUGCGACAGGUAUAGUUACCCAGUACAUGGAGAAGUAUGGCACCGACUGUAAUGGCGACGGGUUAGUUGACUGUGUGGAUUAUACGAUACUGCACGUCAACGGCGGUCCACGCUGCCAUGGAACGCUCACUGGAACGUUUGCAAGUAGAUUUUUUCAAUGUAUGCGACAACGUAAAUGUUCAUAA